CCUUGUGGCCCACCCUGGCCAAGCCGCUUCCUUUUUGUCCGACAUCUUAGCGAGGAGGAGGCAGCCGCGAAGGCCUCCGAGCCUGCAUCAUGCCGCCCAAGGACGACAAGAAGAAGAAAGAUGCCGGCAAGUCUGCCAAAAAGGACAAGGACCCCGUGAACAAGUCGGGGGGCAAGGCCAAGAAGAAGAAGUGGUCCAAGGGGAAGGUUCGCGACAAGCUGAACAACCUGGUGCUGUUCGACAAAGCCACGUACGAGAAGCUGUGCAAGGAGGUGCCCAACUACAAGCUCAUCACCCCCGCCGUGGUCUCGGAGAGACUGAAGAUCCGCGGGUCCCUGGCCCGGGCGGCGCUGCAGGAGCUGCUCAGCAAAGGCCUCAUCAAGCUGGUGUCCAAACACAGAGCCCAGGUCAUCUACACCAGGAACACCAAAGGCGGUGAUGCCCCGGCCGGGGGUGAGGACGCGUGAAUCGGUCUGAUUUUUGUAAAUCUAAACAUUAAAUAUUGAAAAACAA